AGAUGCAGCGGGCGGCAGAAACUGGGCCGCUGCUGGCCUCCCUCUGCUCCUGUUCUUGAACAAGAAGAGAGCAACUGGCUCUAUCCAUCCCCAGCACAGUUGUUGUUGGUGUCUAUCUUAUGUUUCUUUUUUAGACUGUGAGCCCUUUGGGGACAGGGAGCCACUUUGUUUGUUUGUUUAUAUUUAUCUAUGUAAACCACUUUGGGAACUUGGGUUGAAAAGCAGUAUAUACAUAUUUUUCCUAUUUGUAUUUGUGUCCCACAGAGCCCCAUAUGUCUCCAGUGCUUUUUAAGAUCUACAUGAAAUUGCUGAGAGAGAUCAUCAGGAGAUUUGGUGCCCGGUGUUAUCAGUAUGCUGAUGACACCCAAAUCUGUUCCUCAAAUCUAUUUUUGUCAACAUCUUCAGGAGAAGGCAUAACCAAAUUUAUUUUUGUCAACAUCUUCAGGAAAAGCAUAACCUCCCUAAAUGCCUGCCUGGAGGCAGUGAUGGGCUGGAUGAGGGAUAACAAACUGAGACUGAAUCCAGAUAAGACAGAGAUAUUUAUUGUGUGGUGUUGGAUCUUGGGAGGCAAUUUAGAUCUGUGGGUUCUGGACGAGGACACAUUUCCCCAGAAAGAAUAGGUAUGCAGUCUGAGGGUGCUUUUGAACACAAAUCUCUCCCUGGUGUCCCAGGUUGAGGCAUUGGCCAGAGGUAAUUUCUAUCAGCUUUGGCUGAUAUGCCAGCUGCAUCUAUUUCUUGAGAUAAACGGCCACAGAACAGUGGUACAUAUUAUAUGCUGAUAACCUCCAGACUUGAAGACAGCAAUGUGCUCUAUGUGGGGCUGCCACUAUGUAGGACUGCCCCCACAAUGUGUUUUAUAUGGGGUAUCCAUAGUCUAGAAACUGCAGUUGGUACAGAAUGAGGCAGCUAGAUUAGUCUCUGGGUCAUAUUGGAGAGACCAUAUUACUCCUAUAUUAAAAAAGCUACACCUGCUCCUGAUAAGUUUCUGGGCAAAAUAAAGCCCUAAACAACUUAGGCCCUAGGUAUAUAAGAGAACAUCUUUUUCGCCAUGAGCCCCACUGUCCAUUGAGAUCAUCUGGAGAGCCUUGUCUGUAGUUGACAUCGACUUAUCUGGUGGCUAUGCAGGGACGGGCUUUGUCUGUUGCUGCCCUGCGACUCUGGAAUGCACUCCCUGCUUAAAUAAAAGUCUCCCCUCUCUGACAACCUUGAAAAAGCCUCUAAAGACUUAUAUUUUCACCCACACUUUUUAACUGAACUAUGGUUUUAAAUUGCUUAAGUUUUCAUUAUUAAUAUGUUUUAUGUUGUUGUUAACUGCCCAGAGACAGUAGUUUGGGGUAGGGGGUCAUGCCAGGCAAGGGAGAGGCCUAUUGCACAGACAUGGUAGCCUCCAAAAUGGCUGCCACUCUGGCAGGAGAGGUCAAAAACCAGCUGAAUGGCCGAACAGCCGGUUUUGGAAAUAAGGGAGGCCGGUGGGGCGAGGGGGAACCUCCAUGGACCCCCCACCACCACAUCGGACAACUUCCUGGGAGACGCACUCUUGACAAUUCUAGGGAAUUCAGCUGUCCUGGCUGUGGCCAUAAGGCGUUCUUCUCGUCUCAGGUCACCUGAGCUCCUUACGGUAAACUUAGCAGUAACAGAUCUUGGCAUGGCCAUCAGCAUGUACCCUUUGGCCAUCGCUUCUGCCUGGAACCAUGCCUGGCUGGGUGGAGAUGCAGCCUGCAUUUAUUAUGCUCUGAUGGGUUUCUUCUUUGGUGUUUCCAGUAUGAUGACCUUAUGUGUGAUGGCGGUAAUCCGUUUUUUUGUAACCCACUCAGCCAAAUCUAAUAGCCAUAACAUCAACAGAAAUGUCAUACGUGUUUCCAUUACAUUGAUCUGGCUCUAUGCAGCACUUUGGGCCAUUCUGCCUUUGCUGGGUUGGGGGCAUUAUGGCCCAGAACCAUUUGGCACCUCCUGUACUAUAGCAUGGGGCCAGUUCCACAACUCAUUCAGUGGGUUUUCUUUCAUCUUGAGCAUGUUUAUUCUGUGCACAUUUCUGCCUGCAAUGACCAUCAUCAUCUGUUACUUGAGUAUAGCCUGGAAAAUUCAUAAAACCUAUCAAGAGAUACAGAAUUUCAACAGGAUUUCAAAUGCAGGAAAGCUGGAGAAGAAGUUGACACUGAUGGCUGUACUUGUCAGUGUGGGAUUUCUUGGUGCAUGGACUCCAUAUGCUGCAGUUAGUUUCUGGUCAAUAUUUCACUCCAGUGAAACUAUACCAUACUUUGUUACAUUACUACCAUGUCUGUUUGCUAAAUCAUCGACAGCCUACAACCCGUUCAUUUAUUAUACCUUCAGCAAAACUUUCCGGCGUGAAGUUAAGCAGCUCCACUGCUGCCAUGCCCAGCAAGUUCAUUUCUUUAACACCAAAAAUUCCAUUGACAAACAUGUGUCAGUAAUGUGGUCAGGCAGGGGCAAUGUACAUAUUUCUUCCAUCAGAAAAAUAGAAAGUGGAGAAAUUCAAAAUCAAUAAGCAAUAGCAGCUACUUUGUUUAAAAAUGUGGCUCUGAAGUCUGGUGCAUGAUGUCUCCGAGAGAAACUCUACAAGGGGAGCCACACCUAUGCUAUAGCAUUAAAAUUCUAUGCACAGGAUUUUAAAGGAUUUCAAUGGUGUCUUAAAAAAAAAAAAAAGCCUUACCAGCAAGAAACAAGGACUUUCAGCCUAUGGACCAAAUUAGUGCCUACAACAGUCAUAACUCUGGCAAAGGUAGUAAUGGCAUUAAAACCAUACCUUUGGUGUUUUGUUGUUUGUUGAACUACUCCAGGCCUUGACAAACUCUCUUUGGAUCUAGGAGCCAGCCCCAUGUUGUAGGAGCUAGACAAUGGACACUUGGCAAAACUAGUGGACUUAGUGACCGAUAUUGUGGAGGAGGAGGGCAAAUGGGCUUCUCUUUAUCCCCUUGGCAAGUAACAUACUUAGAACACAAACAGGGCUGCUUGGGACAAAUCAAAAUUUUAUUUUAAAAUUUUGAAUAUCCUAGUCUAGGUACCAGAGUUAUAUUUCUAGGCGCCAUUGAUCCCUGGUGCCUAGGGUUUGUCAAGCCCUGGACUACUCUACUCUGCCUGAACAGAAACUAGUAAAGGUUCAACAACCAACAAGUGGCUGCUUUCUAGAACAACAAAGGGAAAUCUACUGGAGUUAAAAGAAUAUUUAACAAAAAUUGUAAAAGCUGCCAGAUUUGAAGGGACAGCUCAACUGAAGUGCUUGCUGGAAACAUGAAUUCUUAGGAAGGCAAACUUUCUCAAGUGUACAGAAACCACUACCAAUAAUUUCACAUAAUAGGACCGAUUCAGACACUGCAAUAGAACAGCUGUAUUUUUAAAGGAAAUGUAGAAACAGAUCAUAGAAACCAGCACUUUGGACACAUUUCAGCGUCUUUGGACAAUCUGCUGCUGACCUAAAAAUCAGUUUAAUCACUCCUUUAGGAGCUCCAGCAUGCAGCUACCACACUAGAAUUUAUGUAUGUUCAGUUCUACUUGUUUAGGAGGAAAUGGAGACUAAAGUUAUCUCUCCCACUCAAGAUGUUCAAGAAAUAUAACAAAGUUAAGAUCACCUAGACUGAUGAAGAGUUCUGGUGAACUUGAAUCUGCUUGCUACUUUGUGAUGUUUCAUUUGGUCCUUAUAAAGACUUACAUUAGGAAAACCACGUUAUUGUCCAUUGCUGCUCUUGUGAGCAGUCACUUUGCUUAAAUUGAAUACAUUUAAGCUUUACAUAGAAUUGUGACAGACUGUACCUCUUGUAUUUCAUAGCCUUUUGGCUCCAUUGUUUACACUCAUGUUCUUGAUAUGCAUCUGUGGGUGUAUAAUCUGCCAUCACAGGGUAACACUUCAUGCAGCUGAUGACGUGGGCUGCAGCCCAAAAAAGCUUGUCAUAAUAAAUCUGCUAGACUUUAAGAUUC